AACUUCGAGGCAGCAAAGUAAAUGGCGUCUCAACUUGUUUUUUAUUCAAUACAAUUGUAUUUCUAAUUAAACUGCGGCUUUUUAUGUGUAACUGUUUAUGUGAUAUUGAAUAAAUCAGUUUCCUUAAUGUUUUAAUGACGUUUAGUGUCUGUUUCGUCGUCAUUUCACCGUUUAGUGUGAAACAAUGGCGUCGAAUGAUUCUUUACAAUCCAAUGUAAAAGUUGAUGAAAUACAUGACUUUGGUGACUAUGAAACCAGUGAAAAGAGCAAGUUUGAUGCCGGUGAAGGAGGCAAGCGUCGUCGAAUGAGUCACGCUUAUCGAAAACUUUCGAAAUUGGGAUACGAUCCAAGUGUGCCAACUAAUUUGAAACACGCAACAUCUAGAGAAUUCAAAGAGAGAAAACGCAAGCUCAGCACGGAUUCAAAUGAACUCUGCGUCUGGGGGGAGAACACGCGUCCGUCGAAACUAAGCAAGAUAUGGCCAGUCUUCGACUCUGGAGGAUUCGGAGACACAUCCAUCCUCACCGUCAACAUACUGCAAAAGUCACCACCCAUGCAGAACCCAUUACUAUUUGAUGGAAAUAGCGUAGAUGUAACGCAACCAUUGCUAGACUAUAUCGGCGGUAUCAACGCGUCGUGGAAACAAACCCAGCUAUCUAAUACCAUACCACGCGAUGAUACCACGAAGAGAAUCUAUUCGUCAGUGACUAGGCAGUUGCGAAUAAUCAACGCUCACUUCCAACACGCUAUGUACAGAUAUAAGUAUCCGAGAGUAACAAGAGCGAAUGUGCUUCUAGAAGGUACUAGUUCAAGAAGACUGUCCACUCAUUUCAAUUUAUCCUUAAAGGCAAUUAAGUUUCAAACGGCGCCGAGAAGACAGUUACCGUGCUAUGGUAAUUUGGAGUUGCCGUUGAAAAUUAAGCAGGAGCGCGCAACGUCGCCGCAAGUGUAUCAAGGGAUUAAUAGAAGUGUUAAUGUUGAAAUGGAUAAAGUGCAAAGUGAUGUGAAAGUGAAAGUUGAACGGGAUAAAGAGAGAGAUCGAGAGAGGGAGAGGGAUAAGGACAAGGAUAAAGAUAGAUCGCACUCGUCUAGACACUCGUGCCAGCAGUGCCGUCGUCGUGCGCGCAUCAAACGCUGCUCGAUCGGCGUGCAGUGCCGCCGCGAACGCGCCGCACAGGCCGCACCCGCGGCGCCCGGCUGGGGGCCGCUGGCCGCCACCAGCGUGCACAUGAAGGAGCUCAAGUACCACAGGCUAAUGCGGGUCGAGACGCAUCCGAACGGCGGCGCUAGUGUCGUCUACUUGCAUCAGAACGACGUCGAUAUGCUCAGUUCGACGCAACAGGAGAUACUUGCUAAGGAAUUUCUUAAGUUGGUGUUCUCAGAAGACAGCGAUGGUUGGGCCAACUUUGUCUGCGGUGUGGUGCGGGGAGCUGCUGCCCGUCUACCCUGCCUGCUGAAGUACCUGGCUGAGAGGCAUCCCACCCUCACUGUGAAGGCUGGAGUGCUGGCACGGGCCUCGGAUAUUGAAACCACCACAAUUAGUCGAUAUUAUCAGCAGGUUCAACAAAGCUAUGCAGCAGGCACGUUUCGCAGUGGACCCUUACACCAGAUCUCUUUAGUGGGCACCGUGCACGAGGAGGUCGGGGGUUACUUCCCGGAUAUGCUGACCAUGCUUGCUGAGUGUCCGUUUCUUAAUUUGACAAUGCCCUGGGGCCCCAUGUCUGCGGUAGAAAUGGAGCCACAGGAAUCGAACGACGGGCCCAUACUGUGGAUCAGGCCGGGUGAACAGCUGGUGCCCACCGCUGAGCUUGGCAAGAGUCCUAUUAAGAAAAGGCGGACGGGCAUCAACGAGCUGCGCAACUUGCAGUACCUGCCGCGGUACAGCGAGGCGCGCGAGUUCCUGUUCGAGGACCGCACGCGCGCGCACGCCGACCACGUGGGCCACGGGCUCGACCGCAUCACCACCGCCGCUGUCGGCGUGCUAAAGGCGAUCCAAUGCGGGUCGGAGCAGGAGCGCGGGCGGAUCACGAAGGACGUGGUCGCGUUCCACGCGGCCGACUUCAACAAGCUGGUGCAGCUGCUGCAGCUCGACCUGUACGAGCCGCCCAUCUCGCAGUGCGUCACCUGGUUAGAAGAAGCGAAACUGAACCAACUCCGUCGAGAGGGAGUAAGAUACUCCCGACUACCGCUGUGUUCGGAUGACAUCUACUUUCUGCCGAGGAAUAUUAUUCAUCAGUUUAGAACCGUUUCCGCUGUUACGUCUAUAGCGUGGCACCUCCGUCUCAAGCAAUACUACCCGUCGUCGGAAGCAUCGUCACCGGCGGAUGAAAGGCCUCCACCUGAUGCACCCGUCAUCAACCAUACUGAAUCUAAAAAAUCCUCAAAACACAAGAGCGGCGUGAUCGAGAUGAGAGCGCUUAGCGCGAAGUUCAAAGAGAAGGAUGCGCUUAAAAUUACGAAUGUAAGGAAAAGCUUGGACAAGGAGAAAACGGAGAGGCGCUCGGAUAAACACGAACGUAGCGACAAGACUGAACAGAAGGACAGACACACACAUAGACAUAAAGACUCAGACAAGCAUAGAUCCGAAAAAUCCGAUCGAUCGAGCGAAAAGUCAGAAAAAUGUACGGAAAAAUCGGAUAAAACUGAAAGCAGAACUGAAAAAGAGAAAGCGGAAAAACUCGAGAAAGAGAUCAAAUACGAGAAACCAGAAAUGAAAACACCAGAAAAGAGAGACCCGAGAAGCGAAGAGACAACAAAUUCAGACAGAGGUGAAGUUGGUCGGACUUCAGAAAAGUUUGAGAAAACUGAAGUUAGAUGUGAUAAAGACAAGUCGACGGAUAAAAGUGAAGUGAGAAGUGACAAAGAGAGAUCUGAUAAGAGUGAAGUGAGAAGUAACGAUAGAGAUAAAGUGUCAGAUAAGUCUGACGUCAGAACGGAGAGAGAACACAAAGAUAGGUCGGAGAAAUCCGAAAGGGAGCGGACUAAAGACAAAUCCGACAGGCGGUCAGACAAAUACGACAGAGAGAGGAUAGACAAGUCUGACAGAACGGACAAGAACGACAAUCGCUCUGACGGCAAGGAGAGAGAGAAGGAUAGGAGUGAGAGAUCUGACAGGACGGAGAAAUCAGACAGGUCAGAGAAAUCAGACAGGUCGGAGAAAUCGCACGACCACCACAGGCGUUAUCCGUCGAAACACAAGUCGCAUCACAAGUCAGACAGAAGAGAGAAAGAACACAGACACAGAAGUUCCAUUGACAGGAAACACGAUAAACACAGAGAUAGUGGGAAAGAGAGGAGUGACUCAAAAUCGACGCCUUGUAAAGAAAGUGCUAAAGAAACGAAAACGUUAGACAUUAAGACGAACAGUGUUAAAGAUGACAAAGUGGACGGUGCGAAAGAGACGGCGAACGGUGUGGCCGCGUGUGCGAGAGAGAUGAAGAGUGAGGUGUCGUGUGAAAAGUUACCGCAAAUAGUUCAUCGACCUCCGGAUUAGAUGUGUGUGUGUUUGUUUGUGGAUCGCUCAGUGAUUUUAAACUUAAGUCAAACGUGUUAGGGAUUCAUUUAGUCUUGACUGGGGCCAAAUUUUAAUGGAACGAUUUAUGAGAACUAUUGAAUGUCAUGCUUGGUUUUUAUAGACAUGUAAAGAUUUUUUAAAGUAUGUAUUUGAAAAAAAAUGUUAAUCAAGUAACAAAAAGGUCACAAGUUCAAUUUAAAAAUUUGAUAUUGUGCAUCUUUUAAGAAAUCCGAAUGUUUUCCUAAAUACCAAAUAAUAAAAUAAUAUGUCCAAAUAAUUAAAAUUUAUUUUCCUUUUAAAAAUAUUUGGUAAUCUUUUACUAUAAAAUGGAAUUAAAUAAUCCGCCUGUUUACUUUAUAAUGUCGGCCUUGAAACAAUAAUUCAUACAAUAAACACUCAUACUGCAAGGAUUCGAUCUCAAGACCUCACUGUGCGAUCCACUUCACCCUGUAAAUGCCUAAACCGAAAUUAGUGUAACUUUCUUGUAAAUAUAGGUUAAGGAGUCUCUGAGAGGCUAGGCAGUGUAUAUGGUUGAGUACGCAGUUUUAGAUAUUUGUUUUUUUAUUAGAUGAUAAAAGUGAAAUUUUCAAGAAAUAAAGUUUUGUUUUUAGAAUUAUCAGCAUUGUAUUUUUUUUUUGUAAAUGUAAUAGUGCGUUUUAAACGCCUGUAUUAAAAAUCAGUUCACACUAAAUUCAAAUUAUAAUAACUACAUCUAUGUAAUGUAAAAAACAUUUUUGCUUCUUUUAUUUUUAAAGUUUAACAUCGUGAAUUGGCCGAAUUUUAUACUCUAAAACUGCGUUAUGAAUGUGAUUAAAAGAGUUUUAAUGAAGACGACGAUAUAAUAAAUAAAUUAUAAGAGGAAAUUUAAAAAUAUUCACGCAUAAUUCUAAAGAUUGCACUAAAUCUACGAUUGAUAUAUUCUAAUAGAAUAAGGGUUAUACUUAUGUUUUUUUGUGAUUUUUAAUAAUUUAUUUAUUACGUUAAAGAUUGCUAGGACGAUAAUCUAAGUUCUCCAUUAUAGUAUUAAAAGUAAGAUGAAAAAGACGUUUUACAUUUAUAAAAAAGCUUCCAACUUGCCAGUGAAAUAAAUGAGUUUGAAGCCCAGCUCUCUCCUAGUGACGAAAAAUUAGGUACAGGCUCAUAAUGUUUUAUAUGAGAAAAUUAAAAUUAUCAAAGAAAAAACUUGAUUGUAAAACCCACGAGGCCACGAUAAGUCAUGCUCAUUCACACAAACGUGAUUUAUAUUUUAACGUUAUUACGUUAAAUAGUUAUUUAUUGUUUCUCGUACAUAUAUUUUUUGAAAAUAAUAAAUAGAUUUAUGAUAGUAA